AUGCACGCGUUUACUGAUGCUUCGGCUAUUUGUUAUGCUGUAGCGUCUAGACUGAAACCUUAUAAAGAAGUAACCAUUCCAAGACUGGAGCUUCUAGCAGUGUGGAUAGGCGUUAAGGCCCUAGAAUUUGCAAGGUCUGAGUGCGAGCUGACAAAAGCAGGGUUGACGAAAUUAGAAAAUUCUCUCACAUUGAAUUUUAUCACAUCUCAGGGAAUGAGAACCCUGCGGCUCAGGGAAGGAGAACCCUGCGCGCAAUUAAGGGGAAAUAGAAUCUGGUGGGAAUGUCCUCCAUGGUUAAAAAGUACAGAAGUUGAGUUUGGAAAGGCUAUAACUUGGGAGGAGACAGUGGUUAACAUAAGUACAGGUUCAUCCCAUCCCAUUGUUGAUGCGCGUACUAUGGUGCAAGCGGACAGGUUUUCAAGUUGGGCUAAAUUAAAAAGAGUAGUUAGCUAUUGCUUACGUUUUAUUAAAGAGAUUAGUCGUGAGCUAGAUACAGGGGAGCAUCGCAGCUUAUUUGACAUGUUAAAAUGUGGAACGCGUAGGACUUAUUACUGCCAAUGGGAUGACUAG